GCCAUUUUGAAGCCCAACCCCUUUUUAUUGCUGCUGAGUGCUCGAGGGAGCAUGCGGUUUGCACGCGUUUGGGCAGCGCGGCUAGCGCGGUCUUGCACAGCUUCUUUACAGGGCAAAGGCAAUUCGGCCAUUUGCGGCCUUGCUGCAAGCGCAGCUGCAAGCGCAGCUUACGUGAACUGCAGCGAGAGAAGUACAGUUCAAUGCAAUUCUGCAUUCCAGCCCAAGGAAAAUCGCAAAGCGGAAGUGCUUUCCAGCCCUGCGAUAUCUAUGCUGAUGUCCGUUAUUCGUGACAAAAGGACAUGCCAGGCAGACUAUGUCCGUGCAGCAGACCGUUUAAUGGCUAUCUUGGCAGAAGAAGGAAUCGCUCGUUUGCCAUGCGUGAAGCCACAGGUUAUUCAAACCCCGUGUGGGCCUUUCAAUGGCGUCACAGCGCCCGAUGGGCACGCAAUUUGCGCAGUGGACAUUGUUCGUUCUGGUGGUAUUCUGCUGGAAGCAGUGAGGAAAGUCUUGCCAGACCUGAAGACGGCCAAGAUUUUGAUUCAGCGAGAUGAGGAGACCGCUUUGCC